AUGGCCUCCACCCUCUCUGUGCGCAGCUACUCGAUGCGUCAGCCAUCCUUCUCUAGCAUGUCUGUUAGGGACAGCGGACGCAGCAUCCGCUCCAAGCCUCCCGUGUCCAUCAGUACACUGUCUCUCUCCCGCUCCGUCUCAAUGGGCAAUGGCCUCAACAUGCUGAGCUCCAGCCUCUCCUUCAACGGUCUUGGUGUCUCUGCCAGCGAGAAGGAAACCAUGCAGGGUCUGAAUGACCGGCUGGCCAACUACCUGGAUAAGGUGCGGUCUCUGGAGAGGUCCAACGCUGAACUGGAGGUGAAGAUCAAGCAGCUCAUGCUGGACAGGGCUCCAAAGGGGCAUGACAUCGAGGGGAUGAUGGCCCAGGCACAUGCCAUAGGGCAGGAGGUGAGAAAGAAGACACUGGAGAACGCCCGAAUCAUGCUGGAGAUUGAUAAUGCCAAGCUGGCGGCCGAUGACUUCAGGGUCAAAUGGGAGGCGGAGGCCACCUUGUGCCAGUCAGUAGAGAGAGACUGUCAGGCUCUGAGGAGGGCAAAGUCUGACCAUGACCAGAUUAUCGCAACUCUGCGAGGAGACCUGGACAGCCUGAAGGAGGAGCUCUACUUCCUCAAGAAGAAUCACGACGAGGAGAUGAACUCUCUGAAAUCACGUCUGGCCAACGAGCAGGUGAAUGUGGAGGUGGAUGCGGCUCAGGGUCCUGAUCUGGGGGCCAUCAUGGCUGAGUUGAGGGUCCAGUAUGAGAGCAUCACUCGCAAGAACAAGGAGGAGGCUGAGGUCUGGUACCUCAAGAAGUUAGAAGCUGUGCAGUCGGAGGUUAAAGAAAGCAACGAGGCUCUUCGUUGUGCCCAAAAUGAGCUCAGUGAGAGACGACGUUUCCUGCAGGCUCUGGAGGUCGAACUCGACAGUCUUCGAAAGCAGGUAGCUGUGUUGGAAGGAAACCUGGGAGAAACGGGGCAUAAGUACUCUAUGGAGAUGGACCGUCUUCAGGCCACACUGACCCAGCUGGAGGAUGAGCUGUCUCAGCUGCGUUUGGACAUGCAACGCAACAAGACCGACUACGAACAGCUGCUGCGCAUCAAACAGAACCUGGAGAUGGAAAUCGCCACCUAUCGGAGGCUGCUUGAAGGAGAGGAAAUGGUUAAAGAAACACCUCCACCUCCUAAAAAAGACCCUGAAGUCAGGACCAGGAAGAUUGUUAAAGUCGUGACCCAGACCAUGAUCAAUGGCAAGGUGGUAGAUGAGUCCAGUGAGGUGGAGCAGAUAGAGGAGCGCAAAAAAUGA